UUCUGACCACUUUUAAUGUUUUUCAUCUUCAUGGAAUUUUACUUUUGAAGAACAACUCACCUUUUAAGCACACUUUUGAUAAUUUAAAACGCUUAUAAUUUCUCUUCUUCAUCUAUUUAAUCCCUCAACCAUCUAUUACUGUCGGGUUUUGUUCUUUGUGAGUAGCAAUUGAAGUCUGGGUGUGGCGACAAGAAAGGUUGGGUCUUUGUGAGUAGCGAUUGGAAUCAGAUCCAUCCAGGUCUAUAUUUCUUGCUUUCAAUUGGUGAUCGGAAUCAGAUCCAUCUUGUAGUGUAGAGCAUAUUGCUGGAUGCCUAAAGCGAGAGGGGACUUCUACCGAUCGGGGUAUGAGGGGUCAAAUACAGUCAGAUUCAAUGCAGAUAGGACUUGCUAUGCAACAUUUGGGUGUCGAACAAUGUUGACACUGCGUAUGGGACAGUCUUAUGCAGUAUCAGUUGUGAAUGUUGGACCAGCAAUUUAUAUUUCUCCAUCAGGGCCAAAUCCUAUAAUGGUGCAGAUGACAGUGAGAGAGGCUCUCAACUCCGCACUUGAUGAGGAAAUGUCAGCAAAUCCUAAAGUCUUCUUGAUGGGUGAAGAGGUUGGGGAAUAUCUAACCUUUAACCCUUCCAGCUCAUGUGAUGAAAAUAACAAUCGUUUAAAUCAGAGGAAUGAUUUCAUUCACUUGGAGGGACAACUUCUUAGAGCUCAAACUGUGUCCCAACACACUGCAUGGUUCCAAUCCAAUUAAUGUGCUUUCACUGAACAAUCACAUGUUCUUAGGACAAUUUCAUCUUGAAGUCAAGAGUCACUGAACGAUCAUUGGUAUAUAAAGGAUCUAUAACAGCGUCGAGUCCGACGCCGUAGUUGGAGGUUGAUCGGUGACAUUGCAGAAGUGUCCUGCCUUAUAAUGUUGAAGAGGAACCGUUGCUGAACACCGUUUAAACCUUCCACCUCCGUCUUUUCCAUGCCGCCACCGCCAAGUUCCAGUGAACAAACUCUAGCUUAUUUUCCAGGUUAUAAUUGAUUCACAUCCUUUAAUAGUGGCUUUACUUGCAGCUUUGUUAUUUGGUGUGUGAUUGAAGCCACUUGGAGGAUUUAUGUGUUUUGGAUCUAAGAUUAGUGUAUUUGCAUACUCAAAUCUUUUGGACUACAAUGAUUCUGGAAAUGUGAGCUCAUUACGGAAAGUCGACCAUUUUCCACAUUAAGGUAAAUUUAUCCUCCUUCCCACAGAGCACGCUAUAGUUUUUCAUUUUUUUUUUUAAUAUUCAAUUGCUUUUCUAACAUUUUACUUGUGCGGUUGUGUUUAUUAGCAGUAGAGAAAAUGCUAAAAGGAAUGCAUGUAUAGUUUUAUCAUCCUUGACAUGAUGAGGUAUUAUUUUUCUUUUUUUCAUCCAUUCAUCUUUCCCCCCUUCAUUCUGUCACAGUGAUCUUAGAGUUUUGGCUUCCUGCAUCAAAACUUGACAGCGAAAAAUUUCAAGGAAUGAACAUUCUUUGGUAUAUUUGAGUUGGUUCAUACGUAGUAUUUAUCUUAACCCAAUUAUAUCAAUCACAUUGAAUCAAGAAUUUGAGUUGGCUCGGUUUUAUUUAUGCUACUGUAUUGACCAUUGAUUUGUCAAUUUCCUUAAACUGAAUUAUUGUUAUUUGGUUUCUUUCUCUUUCUGGUGUGAGUAUUUAACUUUAAUUAAAGCAGCUGUUAGAAUAUUAGGGAACAUUAACACAAGAAGAUGUUAGGGGAAUAUGCUUUUCUUUGGUUAUUGAUAUGUUUAUAUUUUAAAAAUAUUCAACUAAGUACCUUUAUUUAAUUUAUUCAGCAUUACAGUAGGGUAGGUUUCUGCCUAACUGUAGGUUAAUCAAGGACUAUUACUUCAUGUGACUGAUAACUAUUGGUGUAUAAGUUGUGGCACUUUGUGGGUGGGGUGUGUUAAGUGCAUGAUAUGAGAAGGUAGAAAAUGACAAUGAAACUGGACUUAGUUUAUUCACUUCAAAUCCAAUAAACUAAUUGCUUUUUGCCACCUGCUCAUUUUGAUUCCUACUAGUGGGUGGGUUAAAUUACAUGGACAUAUGUGAAAUUAACAAUUCUCAUCUGUGAUUUGAAUUCCCUCAUUGAUGGUGGGGUGAAUAUUAAUCCUUGGACCCAUAUUCUAUGAUGCCAAGGAGAAAAAAGGACUGAAAGAGGGUUGAUGUUGUUGUCUUUUCUUUUCUUUUGCUUCCCCAUUAUAUGUUUUUAUUUAUGUGAUUGGUUGAUAAUUUAGAUUAUGCUAUUUUAUUACACUAUUUGAGUGGUGAUAGCCAUCUAUUGUUUUAAGUAUAAAGGUUUAUUUGGCAUGCAAUAGUAGGAUUGGAGUAUGAAAUUUUCUAUGUUGUGACUUUACACCCUCUCUUUUUUCCCUAAAUGGUAUGUAGUUCAUAAUUCUUUGUGGCUUAUUUCUUCAGUAAAUUAUCAUAGACUCUAUUUACAUUGAAGCUGACAACUAUUCUGUUGUUUCUUUUUCAAUGGGUCUUAGUAACAAAGCCAGAAUGACAAGGUAGAUCUCAUCCAUUGUGGCUGGGGUUGAUUAAGUGAAGUUUGAAUUUGAGAGACGUGUUAUUUGGGUUAUGUUUUUAUUUACUUAGUAUUGGGAUUGUUUUUGUCAGGAUUACUAGGAUUACUGUUUGUGGUUUUUAAGUUGUGGUUUUUUUUUCAUGUUUAUUUUAUAGUUUCAAUAAUGUGUAUUGUUUCUGAAUUGGUUCUUAGUAGCAAAGCGAAACUGAGAAUAACAAGGUAUAUAGAUCUCUUCUCUUAUGAUUUGUUUUCUUUAGUUAGUAGUACCUAAUCAUUUAGGUCGACUAUAUAUUGUCAAUGAUUUUGUUUUUGUAUCAUAUAAGAGAUUGAAUUGAGCUUUUUUUUUUUUAUAUAUUUAGAUUUUGCUC